GGCAUUCCUGAUUAUAUUUCAAAGAUGGAAUUCCUAUAUCUGAAAGAUGCUGGACUGUUAUCUAACAUUGCAUAUCCAACAGUUCUUUGCAAGGAGCGAACUGUAGACCUGAUAUUGUCAUUUGAUUUCUCUGAAGGUGACCCAUUUCAAACAAUUAGAUUUGCCAAGGAGUACUGUGACAAAAAUCACAUCAUGUUUCCUGAUAUUAAUGAAGCUGAAAAUGCGGAUGUCAGUUAUCCAAAUGACUGCUACAUCUUCAAGGGUAACAAGGAAGAGAAGAAACCAACAGUAAUGCACUUCCCACUUUUUAACAAAGCGAAUUGUAAAGAACGUACUGGCAUUCAGCAGUAUAUAGAAGAAUUCAACACAAUGAAACUCACUUAUACAGAAGAGUCAUUCUCCAAGUUGAUAAAUGCUGCAAAGAAAAAUGUUCAAAACAACAUUCAUUUCAUAACAGCAGAGAUUAAAAAACUUGUCACAGAGGAAGUGAUCUUCAAAGCUAAGAUGUAUCUGAACACCUUAGCACUGCUGGCAAUGCAAGAAGAUGCUAGCAAAUAGAAGAAUUCUUCACAUAUGAUGUAGAUGCAGAGAUGAUUCAUUUUAGUUUUAAGUUGACAACUUACGAAUAUUGGCAUAUGUAUUUCUUUUGUGAAUCUGGAUCAAUGCAUUAAAUAUUUCUAGCAAGUAAUCUAUUAACUUGGCUUAUAUGACUAUUAACGCCAUCCUUGAAAUGACAUGCAACAGUUGUUUCAGUGCUUAUUAUUUCUUAAAAAAUACAGAUGCAACACCGUGGCAUCUCAGAUUAAAUAACACAGACCAAUAAUCAAUUCAAAAACUUUACUCUAUUUGUCUUAUAAUUUGGAUAAUUACAAUAAAUUAUUAAAAAAAUUGGAAUCCCUUUUUGUAAUCCAUCCAUUCUCAACCCCUUUCUCGUAUUUUGCACAUGGGGUCGAGGUGUCACUUUUAACAGCAGCAAUCACCUCGAGUCAAGGUUUACAAGGCCGGGUGGCUAGACCUGCCGUGGUAGUUCAUCCAUACCACUCACUUGUACACACAUUUGCACCUACAGCCAAGUUAGAGUGUCCAAUCCACCUACUGCAUGUCUUUGGAGUGUGGGAGGAAACCGGGGCACCCGGAGGAAACACAUAGGACCACAGGGAGGAUAUGUAGACUCCACACAGAAAGUACCCCAGAAUCCCGUUUUGUAAUGUCCUUUUUGAACUUUGACUGCAACAUAUGUAUGUAUGUAUAUAUUACAAAUAAUAUGUAGCUUGUGUUACUGAUAUUGUCCAGUUUCAUAAACAUGACAUGCAAGAGACAAGAGCACGUGCAGUUGUCAUGUAGAUAAAUGUGACAGCAUGUGAUUCAGUUAUGUUAAGCUGCUGUUAAUUUUGGCCUCAACAACUCCAGGACUCAUUAGCAAAGAAUUAUGCAAAUAAUCUACCGCCAGUGGAGGUAUGUUAGAGCAAACCAAGACUUCAAUACAGUACUUGGCAGAAUCCAGCCACAUGUAUGCAAUAUCAGAUUUAGGAACUCAUCAACUUCUUCCUACAUUUCUGGUAAACCCUCAGCUAUGGUCUAGCUUUGCAUGACCAAUAGUUACUUGAGAUGGAGGAAAGCCUAUGGACUUUUGCACUGCUGGCAUUUGAUGUGACUCCUCAACACUUCUUUUCCAUCCAACAUGCAGUCCGGCAGUCUGUCUGCGCUCAAAUGCAUGCAGCAAAUACACUGUAUGUAUGCCCAUUUAAGGUUUAUUACAUUUACCUGCAUAAGCAACAAUGUCUCUGAAAUGCUCUAGCAUGCAUUGCAUACUGAUGCAUAAUGGUGUAGAACCCAUAUAUCUUUAACCUUGGAGUAGCCUGUCCACAUCACUGGAAACUGUAACAAGACAUAUGUUGAACAUAUGAAAUUGUCAUUGGCAGUCCCAGUCCACUUGUGAGCAUUAUGACAGCCCAAAAUAAUGGAAUCCUGUACUUUCAACUUACUUAACACAUACACAGAGAAGAGAAUGGGGCACAUGAUUACCUUUUAUUUAAUUCAAUGUUUGAGCACUUAUAAUUGUGUAAUAUGUUCAAGAAAUUUGUAGUCUGUUCAUCACUUCCAUUUCUAAAUGUAUUUGUAUUCAGUGAUAAAUAUAUUAAUGUUCUUCUGGCACAUGAGGCCAAGCAAUGUAGAACUUGUAUAAUUUAUAUACGGUUGAAGAAAACUAAUUGAAUCAUCUUUACAAAUGAAAACAUAAUGACAGACGGCUGUGUAAGGAGUCAUUAAUUGGUCCAAGCAACUUUAUCUGUAAAAUAAAUAUGUUUGCAAUCACUUUUAUUCACACUGCACUUAACUGUGAGUUUGGAACUUAUUCUAACUCUGAUGUUAAUUAAUACUUCUACAUUUAGCAUAAUACCCAAUUUUCUGGUUUCACUAACACAAAAUUAUAAUUAUACCUUUGUUUGAAAAAUGUCAUUAGAACAAUAA